CGCACAGCCACAGACUCUACUAGCUAGCAGACGUUCUCGCGAUUCCACAGCGCUUGGUCGCUAGGAAUAAUGUCCUGCGGUCGCUGCUGAAGCGCCGGAAACAGCUGCUCUUCUGCUUCUACUCGUCCAUCCAUCAUCAUCAACGCUUUACGGUCAUUUGUGUCUUCGAAUUGUCUCGAACGAACGCUUCCGAAUCGAAUCGUCAGCGAAAUGAGUUCCGGUGGUGGCGGCAACUGCAAGUAUUCGUGCACGGCCGGAUUGGUCGGGUUGAGCUUCGCCGGAUUCCUGCUGUCGCUGUACACUUCCUACGUGGAGAUCCGGGCCGAGCGGGAUCAUAGUUAUGAGGCCAUGUGCGACAUCAGCGAGCGGAUUAGCUGCACCAAGGUGUUCACCUCGCCGUACGGUCGCGGUUUCGGCCUGGUGGGACCCCUUCUAGGCGAGGACUCCCCCCUAAACAUCCCGAACGGCUUUUUCGGCAUUUUCUACUACUUCCUGGUGGCGGGACUGUCCUUCAGCAACAGCAUCCGCCUGACCCGGCUCACCACCUAUCUGAUCGGUCUGUCCAAUCUGAUGUCCAUCUACCUGGCCUAUCUGCUGUACUUCGUGCUGGAAGACCUGUGCAUCGUGUGCGUUUCGACCUACGCCGUCAAUUUGGUCAGCUUGAUUCUGGUUGUGCAAAAAGGCCGGAUUUUGGUCCGCGAGGAUCAAGUCAUGCGCGUCAUCCAGAAGGAUCGCUAGAUUUAGGCAUUUUGUAAGGCUUGGUGUUUGGGUUCCGUUCCGUUGCCAAAAAUUCGAUUUAAGAACAUUGUUGUACACGUAAAAUGACUUUUUCCCACAUAGUUGUAGUACUCGGGCUAAUUGAUUGAACAAUAAAUUCUACAUGUGAUGGUUUUAUUGCACAAACGGUGAAAA